CUGCCUUCUUCUUCUUUUCAUUCUUGGACUAGGCUAGUGAACCAAAUAUGGGCAACAUGAAGUUGUUCAUAAUAGUGACGAUAUUAGGGGUCUGUUACGCUGCUAGAUUAGAGAACACUUAUUUGCCUCCCGCUGGAGCAAACAAUGCAGGUGGCGGUCCGGGACUACUAGGACCCCGACCUGGUGGAGGACCUGCGGGUCCUGGAGGAGCACCAGGGGGUGGUGGUGGUAGACCAGGUUUCGGAGGUGGUGCUCCUGGAGGACCAGGCCCGGGGGGAAGACCCGGCGGUGGUGGCCCAGGCUCAGGCGGUCCAGGUUUUCCAGGAACUGGGGGUCGAGGAGGAGGAGGUGGAGGGGGCGGCGGCGGCGGCGGUGGUGCGGGAGCUGCUCCAGGGGGUGGUGGGGCCGACAUUCCCAUAAUUUCUUACGAAAAUCAGCCUAAUGCCGGCGAUGGUAGUUACAGAUAUAGUUACGAAACCGGUAACGGUAUUAAAGUUCAGGAAGAAGGUCAACUGAAAAAUGCCGGCACUGAUAACGAAGCUGAAACUGUUAGUGGUUCGUUCUCGUAUACAGCCCCUGAUGGUCAAGUUAUUCAGUUGACUUAUACCGCCGAUGAAAACGGUUUUCAACCGUCAGGCGAUCACCUGCCGACUCCCCCACCGAUUCCCGAAGAGAUUUUGAAAUCUCUGGAAAUCAAUGCAGCGGAAGAAGCUGCCGGAGGUGGUGAAGGAGGAGGUGGCGGCUAUGGUGGUGGCCAGGGAGGUUCCGGCGGUGCGGGGGGCGGAGGUUCAGGUGCUGGAGGAUUCCCAGGAGCCAGACCGGGAGGCGCUAAACCAGGAUUUAAUCCACAAAGUGGAUACACAUAUUAAAUGAUGAGAGGGAGAGUUUGUCUUGGUUCCGAUUCCAGUAGCCGUAUAAUUUAUUUUUGCCAACUCCUAUUGAUUAUUGCCAUUUUGAAAUCGAAUUUAUUGAUAAGAGAAAGGGAUGCUAACAGUAUCGAUGCGCGUAUUUAAUGAUUAUUUUAUUAUUGUAUCUGUUAUAGUUCUAGAGCAUGUUUUACUGUUUUAGGUAAAAAUAUUUGUAGAUUAGGUAAUUCAGUAGUCACAAAUGUGACGAAUGUGGUAAAUAGACUAAUUUUAUUACUAUGUUACAUUUGACCACAGUAGACGACUUCGCUAUGAUCACGGGUUAAUGAUUUGUACAAAUGAAAUGUGAUUUUUUAUGGUGCUUCAAGGUUGCAUCAGUCGAGUAAUGUAACGUCAGUGCAUACAUGAAUGCUUACUGUUACUGUCUGCAUGCUGGUGCAGCUUUUAGAAUUAUUCCUUCGUAAAAAGUAAAAAUGUGUAUAUUUUUGUAAGUAAAUGCUUUACUGAAA